AAAAAAUAACAUCUGUCAUCCAAUUGUCAUCAAAAAUCGAAAACAAUUUUGUGAUCACUUACAAAAUAAACAACAAAAAAACUAACUACAAAUUCUAUUAAUAUGGUCGGAAUCAACAUGAACGGGCCCGCUAGGGAUAGAGUGAUGAAAUUAAUAGAAGACAAAGAUAAAAUAGAAAGUGAAAUAAGGGAACACACUGCGGUAUUGGAGACGAACAAUGUUGGUAUGGAUGACCCAUUGGUGGACUCUGAAGGCUUUCCUCGUAACGAUAUAGAUGUUUAUAAAGUCCGACAUGCAAGACAUCGCAUCAUUUGCCUUCAAAAUGACCACAAAAGCCUUAUGAAGUUAAUAGAAAAAGGUUUAGCAGAAGUGCACAAAGACCUGCUUGGUUCCAACGGUGAGGGUCGGGCUGUGAACGGUGCCUCUUCAAGCAACGGUCAUGGUAACGGUACAAGCAGUGGAGAUACAGGUGCAGCAGCUGCCGCAGCUGUUGAGGAUGAUAAAGUCUUUGCCGUUGUCGGCUUUGUUCAUGAUGGAUCACCUGCUGAUAUUGCUGGCCUACAAGAACAUGACGAAAUUCUCCAGUUUGGUUCAGUAAACCACCAAAAUUUCCAAGAUAUGACUCAAAUCAAUAACAUAGUGGCGCACUCUGUUGGACAACGAGUGAAUAUUAAAGUGAAAAGAGGCAAUAACGUAUACAAUUUGAUAGUUUUGCCCCGGCCGUGGCAACAACCGGGACUUUUGGGUUGCCAUAUACAGAGAAAAUCGUAAAUUGGUACAUUUAUCUACAGAUAUAGAUAGAGUGAAUAUAGUUUUAUGGGAAGUAGCAGGAAAAAUUGUUGAAAGUAAGAACUUGUUGAUUAGUUGGUGCAACAAUAGUGCAGUAACUGGAUAUUUUCCAGUUGCUGAGGAAACAGUUGUUUUAAGAAAUUAAGAAAAAUUUAACUGAUACAGAAUUGAAUCUUGCUACACCUGCUAACUGUGCUGCACCAGCUAUUUAGGGCUUGCAUUAUUAUAUUUUUGUUAUAUUGGAGAAGAAAUUAUUUUAAUUAACUUCUAAAUACGCAUAAUAAUUCUGUAACUUUGUUACAGUAUAUUCUGUAUUUUAUACGAUAGCUAUAACUAUUAGAUAUAACUUUGGUUCUCGACAAACUUCAGAGCAGAAAAAUCGAUGCCCAGAAACCAUUUUUAGGUAUCAGGCAUUAUGUACAUGUGCGUACUUGUGCUCGGAAGUUAGUUGCGAGCCGCCAUUGAACUAUAUACAUAUAACUCUUUGGGAUAUAAGCGGCUCUAGCAUAUACAGUCAUUUGGUUUUCUAAAUAUUCAAGUACGCGUCAUGAGGUCUUAACUUCUCAUAAUUAAAAUUACCAAAAAGCAAUUCCAAAACAUAAUUUUAAUAUCCAUUUUUUACAAAAAUAUACAUGUGAACCAAACAAAAACUUGCAAUAUUUUAAUUACGAAAAAAAUUGUAAAUACUAAAAUUCAAAAAUAAAUCUUAUGAUUGAUCACCA